AUGCGUUGUAGACGUGAAGACGGAGAAAUAGCGGCGACAAAAACGGCGUCGCAGAAAUCGCAGGCCCGCCUCUUCUCAACUUCCUCGAGCUGCUUCGGAGCCGCUCGCACCACUCUUCGGCCCUCAUACGGGAUGGGCAUGUGGCGAGUCGUUGUGCUUCUCGCAUGCCUUUCUGCUACACAAGCCGCACUCUUCACAGAAGGAGGAGCGGUCCAAAACGGACCAGCAGCCAACAGGGAACGUGAUGUUCCAGACCUCAGCACUGAGCAACAACAGGAUGUGUACAAGCAGAUCAUGGAGGAAUCCGCCAAAGAGGAGCAGAGAAACCUGGAUGAGGCACUUCGCGAGCAGUAUCGCUCCGUGUACGAUCCAGUGGAGGCAAGACGCAACCAGGAGCUCUAUGACUACUACGCGGAUAUGGCCAUGAAGCUCCAGGAGGAACAAAACGGCCAGAAAGAUGCUUUGAAGUCUACCUUCUCUAGACAUGGAACCAAGAACAGCCGUGAAGGAUCCAAGCGCUCAUUGGAGGAUGCUAAGCCAAAGCCAGCAGAGGAACCAUUUGACUUGGAGGACUUGUUGAAAGGGGAAAUGAUGCUUGAGGAGGAGAUCGCCAAGGAGGCCGAUUUCAAGAAGACCCAGGAUGAGCUCGCCAAGAACACCGAGGCCGCCAAAGUCAACGUUGAAUCGCUCGAAAGUGCGAUGCAAACCGCAACCGGUGAGCCACAAGUGCCACAGAAGAAAGGACAAAACGAGUUCGUCUCCUUCGUCGAGCCGGAGCCACAACCGGCCAAGCAGACUGUCUCUGCUCAACUGGUUGACAAACGUCGUCUUGCCACGUCAGCAGAGUAUUCUGGAAAUGCACCAAGAUACAGCAGCAGCAGCCUCUUGCUUCUUGCUGUCGGAACUGUCAUGUGCGUUGGACUCGUCGGAACCGUCGCUGGAGGAACCUACUACUACAAGAACAAUCGUCGUAGCGAUACUCCAGAUGAUGGAGAGUACGCUCCAUACGCCGGAACUGGACCAGGAUUCCGCAAGAACAAGGGAAACAAGGGAGACGAGACUCUGGCCUACAAGGCUCAACUCCACCAGUACCAACAGGCCAAGCAGAAGAUCAUCUGCGGCGAGGACGCUCCAGGAAUCAUCGAGUCCGACGGAGAGGAUGGUGCUGACGAGGAGAACAACUACAGUGUCUACGAGUGCCCGGGUCUUGCUCCAACUGGUGACAUCGAAGUUUGCAACCCGAACUUCGCCGGACAGCCAUAA